CACCCCUCCUCUCGCCUGCCGCGCUCUUCAGAAUCAUGAAGUUCCCGCGCUGGGCCACCCUGUGGGCGGUGCUGAUGGCUAUCUUUGCCAUCGGCCUCCUCGCCCCGACCACUUCUGCCCAGCAGAAGUGUGGCCCCAACCACUGUUACCCGGCUGAGUGUAACGGUCACGCCACCCAGGUGGACUUUGUGUUUGUUUACGACUUCUCCGGUUCCAUGAGCCCCACCUGGAACAACCUCAAGGCCGUCGUGCACCAUUUCUUCGACGCGGUCUCCCGCGACAACAUGGACGCCACCAUCACCAUUGUCGGUUAUGCGUACAGCAACUCUAAGAACACCCUCCCUCGGAUUGCUGUUCCCACCACCGCCAUUACCCCGGGCAACCUGCAGUCCUUCAAGAACUCCUUCGACACGACCACCUUCCCUGGUGGCUAUGAGCCCGGUCUGAUGGCCCUGGAGCUUGCCUCCAAGGGUCACACCUACCCCGGCUUCAACAUCAAUUUCCGUGAUGGUGCCCGUCGUGUCUUCGUCCUCUUCACCGAUGAGGACUCCGAUCCGAACACCCUCUACGGUACCAACCAAUAUGGUGCCUUCCCCACUCAUCCGUAUGAGACCUUGACCUGCCUCAGCCGGAACACGGCUCCCGCUUCGGAUAGCCGCUUCGUGGCUUCCAAGAUGGAGAUCGACCGUGUUGGUGCUCACCUGGUUCGCACCGACUCCUUCGUGCACUUCGUCGUGUCCGAUCAGACCCCCAACAGCAUCUACCGUUGCUUCUCGCGCUUCCAGUUCGGCUCGUCUGCCAUCAACUACGGCAACAGCAACUUUGUGGACAUCUCUUCCGUGUCUGCUGCCCUGGCCAACGAUCCCCACGCCAAGGAUUCGCUCCAGGCCUACAUGGUCAACCGUGACAUCCUGUCUCGCACCUGGAACAUCGACAGCACCACCUCCUCCGGUUCUGGUACUGCCUUCGUCAACACCAUUCUGCAGGCCAUCCAGCAGUCUGUCGGUACUUGCCAGGACUGCACCGAAUACAAGUGCUCCUCUGGUGCCAACAAGGUCUGCCUGUCGCCUGAGCACAUUUGCGAUUGCGCUGGUGUCCGCCACGGCCCUCACGUUCGUGAUUGCGAGAACAAGUGUGUCCUCCCCCAGAACGCCAAGGUCGUGGAUUGCGCCGGUGUCUGCGGUGGUACCGCCACUCUCAAUGGCUGUGGCUUCUGCGCUCGUGAUGAUGCCGGUUGCCGCUCCGAUUGCCGUGGUCGCACCUUCCCCAACGUCGCUCCCCCGGGCGUCGUUUCCACCGUCUGCCCGAGCUGGAUCAAGCCCGAGGACAUUGCCUCUCUCUACACCGAGGUCGUGAUCGCGGCUCGUCUCACCUUUGCCGGCACCUCCACUCGUGAUAUCACCUCCUUUGUGUGUGAGUGGUUCAACAAGCACAAGCGCCACCUCACCAGCACCCAGGAGUGCAUCUUCGACGCGGCCAAGUACGCCAACGCCGCCGGUGUCAGCGUCGAUUCCGCCGCCACCGAGUUCAUCAAGCUCGACGGCUGGCGCCGGUUCAGCGGUGUCUGCCGCAACGCCCCGGUCAGCAUCAUGGCCCCGCCGCCUGAUGCCUGUGGCCAGUGCCGUCAGAACCUCUACGAGCCUGCUCCCUUCUGCCAGCUGGGCUGCAAUGGCCAGUAUGCCACUUCCCAGGCCGCCCUCCACGAGAUGGACAACUGCAACUCUUGCGUCGGUCCCGACGUGAAGGCCGCCAACCCCAACACCUGGCGCGAUCUCAAGAAGGACGACUGCGGCGUUUGCAAUGGCGGCAACAGCGCCAAGAACCAGUGUGGCGUGUGCUUCGAGGACAAGACUCUGGACGGCUGUGGUCAGCCCAACUGCAAGAAGCUCUUCUGCUCGAUCGAUUGCAACGAUGUCCCCUACACCGCUGUGGACCUGAUGCAGCACCACAUUGACCCGUGCGGUAACUGCGUGCGCAUCCGCAACCCGGAUGGCUCCGACUACAUUGUCGAGGGCAAGCCCCAGCUCCGCCAUCCUCGCUGCCUGGACGACUGCAUCGGCACUCCCUACAUGAAGGCGGAGACCUGCGAUGAUGCCCUCACUCCGGCCGAUGUGCUUGACACCCCCUCCAAGCUGGACUCCUAUUGCCACAAGGCUGCCAGCCACUGGACCAACCCCUGCAACAAGUGUGUCCCUCUGGAGGCCACUUCGAAGGCUUGCGUUCGUGAUUGCGCCCGCGCCUGGGGCGGUGACUUCUUCCUCGACAAGUGCCAGGUCUGCCGCAACCCGGCCGACAAGGAGGAGGACCAUGAGGAUCGCUGCCUCUUCGAUUGCAAGAACACUCCCUACCUGGAGUCUGCUGGCAAGCCCCAUGUCUACACCAUCUGUGGCCAUUGCGUGGCCAAGGACUCGCCGCUCCUGGAUGAGCACAUUGACUCGUGCGGCCGGUGUGUCCUCAGCCCGGGCUGGAAUGCCGAUGAUUGCAAGAAGGACUGCUCCGGCGUCUUCCGCCUCGUGACCGACCCCAACGCCCAUGUGCUGGAUUCCUGCGACGAGUGCCACAACCCCAACGAUCUGUCCAAGUACAACCGCCUGCUUGAUGAGUGUGGUCUGUGUGUUACUCUCGAGGAUCUCGAUGAGAAUGGCCAGACCCCCCCCUCGGCUGGUGCUAUUGUUGAUGACCUCGGUGUCUUCUGCGGCUGCAAGCCCAAGGCCCAGCCGGUGAUGCUUUCGCUGGCUUCCGGCUCUGGCUCCAACAAUGGCCAUGGUGGUCUGCUCAUGGAGUGCGAUGACCCUGAGAACCCCGGCAACAAGCUGAACCUCUGCUCGGAGGCCGGCCAGUGCCCGCCUCUCACCGCUUGCGGCACCAACGAGAAGGGCGAGACCAUCCCGGUGGACAUUUGCGGUCGCUGCCCGGUCGGCACCGGCUCCAAGGACAAGGACCAUCCCCUCUACGGCUACCUGGAUGAUUGCGACCUUUGCUGCGACACCCACGACCCGAAGGACCUCGAGGCCAACCCCACCUGGGUGGUUUGCAACUCGUCUGUCAGCCCCUGCGGCAACUGCCACGUUCGUGAGUACCAUGACCAGUGCGGCAACUGCCUGGAUGUGCCCUUCGGCAUUGCCCCGGGUGACACCACCACCCCCCUGCCGAAUGACCCGUCCUGCGUGGCCGGCUGCGAUGGCAAGUUCCCCCCUGCUGGCACCCCGCCGGAGGAUCUCCCCCGCACCAACGAGUGCAAUGUCUGCACUGUGGCCGACUCCGAUGAGGAUAAGCUCUGUGUGACCGAUUGCAACGGUGGCCACUACCAUAGCGUCAACGGCAAGCCCAGCUUCAUCAUUGACAGCUGUGACCAGUGCGUCCGCCCGGAGGAUGCCUGCUCCACUCUCGGCACCGGUGCCAUCGUCGGUAUCGCCAUUGGUGCGGUUGCCGCUGUGGCCCUGGUGGCUGUGGCUGCCAUCUUCGCCGUCAAGUACGCCCAGGCCAACGGUCUGUUCGGCCUCAACAAGCCGGCUGCCGACAUGUCCUCUGGCAGCAAUGCCAACCCCCUGUUCGCCGGUCAGACCCAGACCGCCAGCAACCCUCUCUUCGUUGAUUAAGUAGAGAGUGCAAUGUAUCUCUCCCUUCUCUCUCCUCUCCCCCCUGGUGAGAAUAGGCGGGUAUGAAGGCAGCAGCCAGGAUCAGGGGGGCGGUCGCGACACGCACGCAUGCACGCGCCGCGCGCCCACACAUACUGUGUGUGUGUGCGUGGUGGUGCUGGUGAUGGUGUGCCCUCUUCUCUCUCCCUCUCCUUCCUCUCCCCCUCCCUCCCUCCCUCCUUCUUUUCGCGGUGUCCUUCCCUCCCCUCGUCGCUCUCCUGGCGCGUACGGGGGGGGGGGGCCAGGUGCUCGCGGAGAGGAUGGAUGGGACGGGGGGGCGCCCUGGGCGUGAGGCCGAAGGCGCGAGAGAGUCUCCCUUGUGCGCGUGUGUGUGCACAAUAUGCCACCUGCGUGCCAGUCCAUGCGCAUGUGUGUCUAUCCACACGCAAAUCCCCCUCCUCCCUCUCCCCUCACACGCCCCUUUGUGUGUGUGUGUGUGUGUGAGUGUGCCCCCCUUUUCCUCUGUCCUUCCCUCUUCACUCACUCAACAAUGCUGUAGCCUACUA